AUGCUCCGCGGACGUGGCCUCGCGCUCCGCUCGUCUCGCGCGCUCUGCGCGGUAGCGGCGCCGGCACCGGCACCGGCAGCGGCGGCGGUUGCCGCGCCAAAGGUCAGCGCACCGGCGGUGGCCGACAAGAUUGCGGAGCGGUUCCGCACGAGCAAUCGGGGCGAUCGCUGGCGGCGGCCGCCGCGCAAGUGGCUCAACCAGAUCAUCCUCGCAACGGAGGAGCGAGCCGAGGCGGACAGGCUGGUUGAGGCGUUCUCGGCGUACGUGGACGCGCAGGUCUCUAUCCGGCGGUGGCAGCAGGUCGGUCUGAUCGCCGCGCUCUGCCGCACGCGCAGCUGGGACGCCCUUCUCGAUGUGCUGCAGCGGCGGCGGCGACUUCAACUUUUCCUCGAGCAGCCAAAGCCGCUCGCGGCGGCCGUGCGCGCUCUCGCUGACGACGGAGCGUGGGAGCAGCUCGCAGCGCUGUCGCGGCUGCUGCCGUCCGUGCUGGAGCCGUUCGCCCCAGCGCCGGGCGGCGUGCAGCGGCUCGCGCUCCGCCGACUCGCGGCGGGCGCGCCCGACCCCUCGCUCGCGCUCUCGGCGCUGCAGCAAGCGGUCGAGGACCGCGCCCCGCUCAAGCCGGAUGUGUUUCUCGCCGUGGGGCGCGCGCUUCUCGCCGCUGGGAGGGCUGCCGAUGCCGCCGAGGCGCUGCGCCUUGCGAAAGAGGCGGGCUCGACCGCGGUCGCGGCGGGCGGCGGGAGGAUGGUUUGCUCGCCGAAGCCGGGCCGCGCCCUCGAGCUGCUGCAGGCGGACGUGGCGGCGGCGCUUCAGACGGUCGAUGCCGAGGCAGCACCAGAGGAGGGGGAGGCGGCCGAGGAGGCGGCAGAGGCGGAGGCUGGCGAGUCCGCGACAGAGGACAAGGCGAAGGCGUAG